UUUACCGGCCCGACCGCCGCCCACCUGGUUCUCUACUGGGUGCCCCCCGGCCUCGUGUCUCACUGGCCUGCCGCCCCGAGCCCUUGCCCGACCCUGCGCUCCCCGCUUACCCUUCUCCUCUCCGGGCCGGUCCCGGCUUCCAUCUCCCACCCUGAGGCGGUACCCGUUCCCCGCCCGCUGUCCUCCCAGGGUCCGUCUGAGCCCCGGCCCCAUGGCGCUGCAGGCGCUGCAGAGCUCGGGGGUGGCCUUCCGCAAGAUCCUGUCUCACUUCCCUGAGGAGCUGAGCCUGGCUUUCGCCUACGGCUCGGGGGUGUACCGCCAGGCGGGGCCCAGCUCAGACCAGAAGAAUGCCAUGCUGGACUUCGUGUUCACAGUCGAUGACCCUGUUGCGUGGCAUUCAAAAAACCUGAAGAAAAAUUGGAACCAUUACUCUUUCCUAAAGGUUUUGGGGCCCAGGUUUAUCACCACUGUCCAGAAUAACUAUGGCGCCGGGGUUUACUACAACCCGUUGAUCACAUGUGAUGGGAGGCUUAUCAAAUACGGAGUUAUUAGCACUAGUGUUUUGAUUGAAGAUCUCCUCAACUGGAAUAACUUAUACAUUGCUGGACGACUCCAGAAACCGGUGAAAAUCGUAGCAAUGAAUGAGAAUGUGGCUCUCAGGUCAGCCCUGGAUAAAAACCUGAAGAGUGCUGUAACUGCUGCUUUCCUCAUGCUUCCCGAAAGCUUUUCUGAAGAAGACCUGUUUAUAGAGAUUGCCAGACUCUCCUACUCAGGUGACUUUCGGAUGGUGGUUGGAGAGGAUAAGGCAAAAGUGUUGAAUCUUGUGAAGCCCAACAUAGCCCACUUUCGUGAGCUCUAUGGCAGCAUUCUACAGGAGAAUCCCCAAGUGGUAUAUAAAAUCCAGCAAGGCAGCCUGGAGAUUGACAAAAGCCCAGAAGGACAAUUCACUCAGCUAAUGACAUUGCCCAAAACCUUACAGCAACAAAUAAAUCAUAUUAUGGACCCUCCUGGAAAAAACAGAGAUGUGGAAGAAACUUUAUUACAAGUUGCUCACGACCCCGACUGUGGAGACGUGGUGCGUCUAGGCAGUAGGUCUGCUCCCACAUGGCCCCUGUUCUGCACGUUAUCCUCCACGUGUACCAAAAUCCUCCCCAAUGUGGACCAAAAAUCUGAGCCUGAUCUUCAGAGACUUGCUGCCUUUUGAGGUGUUACAGGUAAUUUACAAGGGCUCUCAGCAAUCGUGAGACCUUCCAGUAUGAGACAGAGCGCCAAAGGCAUUUUCACUGCUGGUAAGAAUUUUUAAAAAUCCACACUUAAUCUACCUGCUGGAUUGAGCAGCCUCAGUGUUCCUGGUUAAACUGUAAAGCUUUAUCUGUAUCCCGCAAGUACUCCUGAAAUGCUGAAUUUAGGUAGUCAUAAUUUAGGUGGACAUGGCAGUAAUGUAAGACAGGCAGAUGGCACUGUAAUUCAGGCAUCUAAGGUGCUGCUAGAAGGCUUUGCUGCCCCUCUGCGUUUUCCCAGUUACUCCUUAUGUGCAGGUUUCCCCUUGAGUUUUUAUAUCUGUGACAAGUUACACAUGGACUUCCCUGGUGGCACAGUGGUUAAGAAUCAGCCUGCCAAUGCACGGGAUAUGGGUUCAGUCUCUGGUCCGGGAAGAUGCCACAUGCCACGGAGCAACUAAGUCCAUGUGCCACAACUACUGAGCCCUCGAGCCUCAGCUACUGAAGCACGUGCACCUAGAGCCACUGCUCUGCAACAAGAGAAACCACCGUGCUGAUAAGCCUGUACACUGCAACAAAGAGUAGCCCCUGCUUGCCACAACUUGAGGAAGCCCGCAUGCAGCAAUGAAGACCCAAUGCAGCCAAAAGGAGAAAAAAAAAAAUUUUUUUUUAAAAAGUUACACACGAUAUUGUUGGAACAACAGCAGUAUCUUGCCCUCCCCUGCCGCACUGUUCCUCUGCAGAGACAACCGCUGCUGCCUCUCCUGGUGGGUUAUUUUUUUUUUCACUGCUGGUUCUCUGGAUAAUGAGUUUUUGUUGCUGCUUCUCUCUUUUUUAAUUUUAGGCAUCAUCUAUGACUUCUCACUCUAGCAGAUUAGAGUUCAACUGCCCCGCCCCACCACACACACCAUAUACACACGCACACACACACCAUCCCUCUGUGCUCCAAAUAUGGUUGUGUUGUAGCUUUGGCGAAGUCAGUCUUGAGUUUCCAUUGUCUGACUGUGUUAUUGUGAUUCAUAGCUGAGCCAUGUGAUAUACUUUUCCUUCCCUGCACAACUUUCUUUUCCCACAGAGGUUGUCGUCAACUGUCUUGUGUGAGGGACCCUGUUUCCCGUAUCUGGCGUCUUUGAUUUUUGUGGUGCAAAGCCUCAUUUUGGUGAAGCACACCAUCCAGGAGCUUCCUGGGAAGGGGUGCAGGAGAGCCGGAUUUGGAGCCCAUGUGUGGCCAAGCGUAUCUUUAGUCCACUCUCACGCCUGACUGAGACUUAGGCUGGAGGUAGAUUGGAAAUAAUUGCCCUUUAGAAUUUUGAUACCAUUGCUCCCAUUAUCUUCUCGCUUCUUGGAUUGCUGUUGAAGUCCAAAGCCGUUCUCAUCCUUAAUCCUUUGUGUAUGUUCUUUCUGGAAGCCUUUUAGGUCUUCUUUUUCCCCCAGGGCUCUGAAGUUUCUCAGAGUUGGUGUGUUUUGAUAUGAGUCUGUUUUUAUCUGUUAUACUGGAUACUCGUUGCCCUUCAGUUUAGAAGGGGAGAGUAUAAGAACAUAGGAAAAAUUUAUUGUAUUCUUUCUUCCCAUCUGUUUUCUCUCUUCUCUUUCUGGAACUCCUAUGCAAAUAUUGGACCUCCUGAAGUAGUCCUUUGGUUUUCUUUCUUUUGUGCCCCUUUUUGAUCUCUUUGUCCUUUUGCUUUGCUUUCUCAACUUUAGUUUCCAGCUCUUCUGUUGAGUUGUUUUAUUUUUGCUAUUUUAAUUUCUAGGAGCUCUUUUUUUUUCUUUUUUUGUUCUCCAAAUAUUAUUUUUUUCAAAAUUUAAAACAUCCUGUUCUUGUUUUAUGGGCUUAAGCAUUUGAACAUAUUUUUGGAUAUUGCCAGAGUGCCAAAGUAGUUUAUCAAUUUAUCAUCCCACUAGCGGUAAAUGAAAGUUCUCGUUUCUCCCCAUUCUUUCAAACACUUGGUAUUGUCAGAUGACGGAGUUUUCUAGUUCAUUCUCUCUUUAUGCAGCCGUCUAAUGAGUGCUUCUCAGGUGCUCGCCAGGGAUACAAGGUGAACGUGAUACCCCCCUGCCUUCAGGGGCUUCAUCAUCUAGAAGGGGAGACAGGCACAUACACAGAAGUUUGCAGUGCAGGGGAUACGUGGCACAGAGGCUGCCUGAAGAAGGGAGUGAUCUUUCAGCCUGACUCUGAUCCCUGGCUGAGGUUGUUGCCAUGCAACUGUGCAAUCACACCUCUUAACGCCUCGCCCGGCUGCCUGGGGACACAGCCAACUGUUGCCCUCCUGAAUCUUUGGACAGAUUCAGCCCCUCAACAAAGGUUUAGUAGCACGUGUGCCAAAUCCACUCAGCUGAAGAUUGUCCUACCACUUGGAGUUCAUGGCUUUGCAUUUCCAAUUAAGAUAUUUAUUUAACCUAUUUUCUUGCUGAUUUAUCCUGGCAAGGCUGAAGAUGAGGUACUUUUUUUUUGCUUGGGUGGCUCAGGCUAUUAAUCUGUGUUUUGCAUGAUUGCAGCUCCCUUACCAUAAUCCUCCUUGGGUGAGGCUGGAUGCUUUGGCUCUUUUUGGGUGUUUUUUGUUUUUGUUUUUGGCUUCCUGUGCUGUAAGCAACUACUAGAGUUAUCAGUUUCUUUUUAGUUGUGAUAAUGGUGGUGUUAUGGGGUUAAAAAAUCAUUUUCUUGUAGAAAUACAUAGUGAAAUAUUUACAGAUGAAAUGACAGGAUGUCUGAGAUUUGCUUCAAAAGAAAACAUGUCGGAGGGAAGUGUAAGGGGGGAUGACACAAGAUUGGCCGUGAGUUGAUGCAUUGUUGAAGCUGGUGAAGAUACAUGGGAACAUAUUAUGCUGUUAUUGUUUGAGCUUGCAUUUAUCUCUAAUUCAUGGUUUUUAAAAAAUCCAUUAUCAUCAUCUCUUGACGUCCACCUGAAAUGGAUCUUUGGUCCUCUUUCCUCCUCUUCUUCCUCGUCACCAGCAGAGGGCAGUGGGUAUCACCACGGAACCUGCAGCCCAGAUUUCCUUGUCGCCGUGGAGUGCCCAGUGCUGCUUCCCGAGUGCUCGCUGCUUGCCUCCCUCCCCCUCUAAAGAUACCUCAUUGGACUGUGGAGCCAGAGUGACAGAAGGCCUGCAGCCUGCACUGAGGUUGCGGGGACUGUGGACCGUGAUGCGCACUGCUUCAGAUUCCCUGGGUUUGUUUGCCCUGUGCUCUAGCUUCUCUGGUGUAUGACGAUUGAGGGCUAUGAUGCAGGCAGUCCAGGCAGGAGCAGGGCUUUGUGAAACCGAGAGACUAGGGUUCAAACUCCAGCCUCAUUACCAUGACUUGGGUAAGUUACCUCAUUUUUCUGAGUUUUAAUUUCAUAGGGAUAAUUAUGCCUGCCUCACUGGGUUGUGAAAAUUAUAUCUUAAGAUAUAUAAAAGCAUCCAGCGCUGUGCCUGGUCUUUCCUCUUUGGUAUCAUUACCUAAAAGUUUCAUGACCUCUCUUUAGAACGUGUUUCCUUGCCCUGUCCUGUUCAACUAGCAGUAGCCCAGUCACCAGGUCUCCAGCUGGAGUAAACUAGCAACCAUAAGCCCUGAGUGACUGGUUUACUCUUUUUCUGUCCUCUAACCUCACAGCAAGCUUCAGAACCUCUCUCCUCCUGCGCACUGCUCUUUAGAAGUUCUCUUGCCAUGGUCAUGAUUGCUGCUGUUCUGCCUGGCUUUUGCUGGGUGCCUCUUCCUAAAAACUCUGAAGUUCUGUCUCUGUUCAGUUUUUAAGCCAGCUGAUGUAUCUAUAACCUUCAGGGUGAGGAAACCCCAGGUUAUUUGGUUGCGCUUUUCCUCCUUUGUAGCCAUUAUCACUCAUACCCACUCAUAGUGGGGUUAAAAAGCAGGGUUCUUAGCUAGUGAAUAACUCUUAUUUUCAAAUAUUGUUAAAUUCAGGGAGAGCUAAGCUAAGAUUGUGAUCAGAAGGUCUUGGCUUGAAGUUGUAGUUCACAUCUUUGCCCUAUAACCUUGGCAUGUUAACUAGCCCUUCGUCCUUGAAAUGGAGGGGAUACUAAUACCCAACUUGCUACGUGUUCUGGGGGUGUCCAGUAUGUACCUGGUACCUAGUAGGUGCUGUAUAAACUUGAGUGACCGUCGUAGAAGAGAUGGAAGCCAGGCAUCUACGACAGCCCAGAGGGUUGCCCUUUCUAUUGAGCUGUAUUGGGUGACACAGCAGGUCAGGUGGUCUGAGACUCUGUAUUAGUUCCCUGAAAUUGCUGUGCAGUCAGAUACACCCAUGUUCCAAGUUGAGCACAGAACUACUUCCAAAACCAAACACUGCUUUUCCCCUUUAGCCUGGGAGUUGGUUAUUGGGAAAACAAUACCAACUUCUUAGACUGUGCUGUUAGUGGAGUGGCCUGGUUGUCAUCAGGGUGUCCGGGCAGCAGCCGCAGCCAGCGAGCUCAGGAGAGCGGAAGACUGUUUAGUCUCCUAGUCCUUGCUUGUGCUUCCCUUCACGGCAGCAGCAGAUGGCAUCACAGCUCAAGGUGGUAGCAGAAGCCCAGCCAAGUAACUGUCACGUUCUGGUUAGGUGGAACUGUUUGCAUCUUCGGAGGGUGGAGGGACCUUGGAGAGAAAUGAGUCGAGGGGUUAGAAUUAGGCUGAAGCAAGCAGGAGCCAGACAGGGGAAGGCCCUUAAAAGCCUGAAAGGGAAUCCAGGGUUUCAUUGAGGGCAGAGGGAAGCUGCUGAAGGAUUGUCAAAAGACUGCUGUAGGGAGAGAAUAGAGAUCAGCUUGCAGGGAGAUGCAGCUGUUGCUCGGAAAACUGACCAGCUACCGCUGCCGCUAACCAGGUGAGGAGGCCUGGCUGCACCGACUCAGGGCUCUGCAGGACAAGCAGAGGAGAGAUGCGGGCAGCACUUGAAAAGCACAUCCCGAGGUCUUGCUGUUGGGAGCGAUACGGGCAGUGAAGGAGAGAGGAGUCAGAGAUGCUCCCAGGUUUCUGGCGUGGGAAGCGGGAGACAGUGGUGCCCUUCCUGGAGGUGGGGGAACGUGGGGGAGGGUGACAAGUUUAAUUUUUGAAAUCUCGCUUUAUUUUACCUCACCUGACUUUCUGGUCAAUCAGAAUUAACUUUGGGGUCAAAUACCUAUUUACCUCUCUGGCUUCAAAAGAUUCAACUUUAACAAGACAGAUCUAGUCUUGUUCCUAAAAAGAUUCUGGCAUGCCUCAGUCGGUCCUUACCAGCCCUUUCCUGAACAUGGUAGAAUGGAUCACUGACUCUCCUCUCCUUCUCAUCUCUUCUAACUAGAACAUUUUAUCCCCAUUUUUGGGUACCUACAAGUUUCAAUAAGAAGAACACAUAAUAAUAAGGAUUCUUCUGGUGAUGUAUUUAUCAUUUAAACCUGAAAGUUUUAAAAAUAAAACCACCUCAGAUGAGAUUUUCUUUGUUGAUACAGCUAACUGUGGUUGGAAAUUAAUUGGAAGAAUGUUGGGGGGUUAGUGAUUUCCUCUCCUAAUGAUCUGAAACAGAAUUGUGGGAGGUAGAGACCUCUCACAACCUGGUCUCAUCUCUGCCUCACAUUGUUUCCUGGAAAAUUUUGUCUGUCGCUGGACCCAUCAGUUUAAGGUCACACAGGGAAUUCAUAGUCUUCCACAUGUGACUUUGCUGUAGGUCACAUGAAACAAGCUGGAAAUCAACAGAAGAAGAACCUCAGGAGCCAUAUAUUGGAGUAGAUUUCCGUUUGCUUCCAAAACAAAAUCCUGACUUUGGAUACUGAUCAGCAUUCCUAGCAACCAGCUCUAGGUAAAUAAGGAUCUGCUUAAAGAGGAUGUAACUAAGGAGAUGUUUCAUCCUUAUCCACUGGGGAAGGAGCAGAGUCGACGAUGAUGGUUCUUAGAGUACAGGUUCUCUCUGAGCAGGCCAUCUUCCUUCAAGAUGCAUUCUAAAUGCAGACUUCCUAAAUCACCAUCCUGUUCUUUAGAAAGGAAGCAGAAAACACACGAAAGCUCAGCAUAGGCCAAGUAGAAGUCUGGAGUAUAAACUCUGUGAGGGAAGAGACCAGGACUGUUGUUCAUACCCGUGGCCCCAACAACAAGCUCUGUGUCUCGUAUAUGUCGGUGCCGGUGCCCCAGAAAUGCUCAUUCAGUGUAUUUCAGUGACUGAAUGGAAGAUUCUGAAUUUUCUGAUAGUAGGGAAAAUCUCCAAAUAUACAGAAAAGCACACAAAUCGUAAAUAUGGUGAAUUUUCACACAGUGAAGAGACGCGUGAACCCAGUGCCCAGAUGAAGGACUAGAACAGGGCCAGUCCCCCCAGAACCCCACUGUGCCCCGUCCAGUCGCUGCCCCCCGAGAGUAUCUACUGUCCUCACUUCUAGUGUCAUGCUUCUGUGUUGCCCAUUUUUGAACUUUAUGUAAAUACGCACUCUCUCGUGUCUUUCACUCCUUACGGCAGCAGUGAGAUUCUCGUGGUGUUGGGGGGAGUCCCUCACUCUCACUGCAGCUCAGCCGUCGUCUGAACAGACCACAGUUCACCCAUUCUGCUGCUGGUGGCUUCUCGGGUUGUGUCCAGCUUGGGGCUGUUUCCAGGAGUCCUCCUAUGCAUGGUUUGGUACCUCUCUUUAGGUGAGCGUAGGUAUGCGUUUCUGUUAGGUUUCUAGGUAUGGGUGGAAUUACUGGAUCAUAAAGUGUGUGAGCGUCCAGCUGUGGUAGACAGUGCCUAACAAGCGUCCAGGUUGCACUCCCAGCAGCAGAGUUCCUGCUGCAGCACCUCCGUGGCCAGUGCUUGAUAGCAUGUCUUUUCCAUUUUAGGCCCUCUGGUAGGUGAGUAGAGGUGUCAUAUUGGAGUUUUAACGUACAUUUUCCUGGUGGCCCAAAAAAUUGAGCAUUUGUUCACAUGCUUGUGUGGAUAUCCUCUUUUGUGACGUGUCUGUUCUACUUUCUACUUUUGCUCAUUUUUCUGUUGAAUUGUCUGCCUUUUUUUUUUUUUUUUUUUUUAACACUGAAUUCUCCGUAUAGUCUGGAUACGGGUCCUUUGUUGGACAUGUGGAAUUUGAAACUCCCCUGCUCUGGGGCUUGUCGUCUCACUCUCUUAGUGGUGUCUUUUGAUGAAAAGUUCUUAAUCUUACUUAGUCCAGUUUAUCAGUUUUGUCCUGUAGGGUUAGCAGCUUUUUGUGUCCUGUUUAGGAAAUAUUGACUACUCCAAGUUCAUGAAGUGCACCUUUGUUGCACCUAGAGUAUUAAGGCAGGAUCCUUCCUUCUGAUGUCUUGGUUCUUAGCCUUUUGCAAAUCCCGGCUCCCUGUGGUCUCUGACUAAAACUCUGGGCGGUCGGCACAGACGCACCCAUAUGUGCUUUCAGGGAGCUCUCAGACUGACGUCGAAGCCUGUCUGUGGGCCCCUCGUUGGAGAACCCCUGACCUAGUCCAACCCUGUCACUUUGCAGAUGAGGAAGUCGAUGCCCAGAGAGGGGGACUCACCCCGUGCCCAGCUGGGACUGACAUCCAGGUCUCCUGACUCCCGUUCCAGUGCCCUUUCCAACUCAGUGCCCUGCUGUGGUUGUCCUCAGAAUGUGUGUCUGGCGGAGCCGUUGAAUGGAGAGACUUAUUAAUUAAGGGAGGUUUCUCUCCACUAGCGGCAGAGAAUGGCUCCAUGGUGCCGCUCGUGGACUGUGGUGUGUUUACCUUAAACGUCAAGCUCCCAGGAGUCUGUGAGGAAGGUUUGCGAAGCUGAGCUGGGACUUAUCGUGGUCGAUGCCUCUUCCUGUAGCCGUAACUCAGGGCCCUGGGGUUGCUGCAUUGAGCCUUACUGUGUGCAGCUACCUUGGUGUCUUGAUUGGUUCUGGCUGGAAUUUUAAAAAGCACCUUACGUAAUAAGUUUCCAGUCCCAGUACUCGAGUGGGUGAGGUUUAUCAGAGUGGUUGCUCCAGGGAGAAAAUUAAAAGGGGUGGAGGCAGGGAAAGGAGCUCUGAGUUUCCUGAUGAGGCUAUCGGUUUGCAGUAGUCAUUCAGUGGACAAGCAAGGCCAGAGUUUCUAGAAGCAUUCACUGAUGAUUUUACCAGUACCCUGCCUUUUUAGCUGUCACUGCCUGCAGUAGCCUCAUAAAAGGUCCUAAGUGCAUGAGGCAGCCUACGGGUAACGUGGCCAGGUAUUUUCAUGAGCGCUCACAUGCCAGUGCUCGGAGUCUCCGGAACCGGUCCUGUUACCUCGUCUGCAGUGCCCACACUGCAUGUCACACCUGCAGCACAGACCAUGGUCUGGAUCCCAGGUGUGAAAAAGACUGUUUGGAUCCUUGAGCCACACCCUGAAACACAGACUGAAUGAUCUCAUCCUCGACACAGAGGAGGUCGGGCCCGUAACACCGUCUGCAAUAGGAUCCUAUGAGAGCUGACACACAGCAGCUCCCUGCUUAGUCCGUGGCUUUUCUCCUGUAAACCCCCAGAGAGCUUCUCCUCCGGUUUCAUCAGGCACUUGUGAUUCAGUAUAUGGGGUGCUGGAAGGGCAGGUGUCUGAAUGAGCCGCGUCUGUUUCGUCACUACAAGUGUUUCCUGAGCAUCUGCUGAGUGCCGGGUGCCGCACUAGGUGAUGGGGACACUGGGAAGAAUAGGACGAGGUCCCUGUCCUUGAGGAGCUCCUGGACUAGGUGGAGGGACAGAUGAGCACCGUGCAGUGUGGCAGCUGCUGAGCUGGGCAUCAGCACAGGCACUGUGGGACCAGGAGGAGUGCCAGAAUUGGCUGCGGAGUCAGGCACUGGCCUCAGCAUCUACCAGGCAGAGCAUGAUGGGAAUGCCUUUCACCUUGGGCAGACCCGUGUCACAUGCAGGGACACAGCAGCAGUGCGCUGGGGGUGGUUGGGAAGCAUUGAGGGCUAGAAAGGGGGCCAAGGAUGCCCACUUACAUACAGAGUCUUGUCUUUGUCUUCCUUUCUCCUUUUGAAAGAGCUGCUAAAUUCAAAGGUUGCAACAUGUUCUUACCUGAAAGGACUCCCUUAGCCCAGAAGCUUGGGUGUCUUUGGCACCCAUAUCACUGCUUCAGCGAUCAGUCUUUUCCCUUCCGUUGAUCACGGUGGCCCCCGGGGUCGCCUGGAGCCCUCAGUCAGCCCGUUGCUGCUCUGUGCCAAAGACAAGUCUGAUCCGAAUACCACGGGGCCUCCACUGUGCACCCACUCUGCAAGCCUCAGUAUUCUCACCCUCUCUUCUUUUCUCUUUUAGGCCUGAAGAAAUCAGUGAUUUAUAGUUCACUAAAACUGCAUAAAAUGUGGAAAGGAUGGCUAAGAAAAACAUCCUGAUUUUGUUUGCUUUUAUCUUUGUCAUGUGUAGCUGAAUAAAAUGAUCCUUUUUGACAGAA